UCCUUACACAGUCUAAAAAUGGAGGAAAUCGGAUUAUAACCACGCCCACCUCCCAUACAAAGGUUAUGUUUAAAACCACUAAAAACGCUUUAAUUCACUAAGGAAAAGCACCAGAAACCUUAAAUUUCAUUUCAAAGAUGUUACAGAAGGGCUGCACUCAAAUUGGUAUACACAACUUGAAAUGGGCGUGGCUCCGCCCACUCAUGGGUCAAAAACCAUAUCUCCGAUCCCUGAAAUUCGGAUUGAAAUAUUUUUCUGGAAUCCAAAUGAUAUAUUGUGAAAAUAGGACAAAACUGUUCACAACCACACCUUCUUCCUAUAUACCAGAACUGUGAAGUCAAUCGUUUAGUUUACAAUAUAUAAGUUAAACGCUAGUGAAGAUAUCGGAACAGAACUUUGGACAAAUACUGCAUUUAUAGUGUGUAUCCGUCUUUCUAAAACUCGUCGAAAUCAGAUAAUAAGAUUUCAAGGCCCCAUAUAUACAGCAUGAGGACCCCAGUGCUUCUAAUAAAUUUUUUACUGAAAAUAUAGAUAUGAAAUUCUUACUGACUGCCCUCUUACUGUCAUGUCUGCACAUAUGUGUUCACAGUCAAGAUGAUUACUGUUUCGGCAAAGACAAGGAAAGACCCCAGACACGACAUUUCACAUCGAAAACAGCUUAUCAGAUAAUUAAGGGAACGAAUAUGGAAAAGCAGUAUCUAGUUCCAGGCUGUAAACCAACAAAAAUUUGGAUUUUACAUAGGCAUGGUACUCGAUUACCAACAGUAAAAACUAUAAAAGCGGCUCCAAAAUUAGAAAAACUGCGUGACGAAAUUGUGAAAAACUAUCGUAUUCGCCGUACAAAACCAGACACUAACGCCCUCUGCUUAGAAGACCUCACUCUUUUAUCCAUGUGGAAGUGGAAUGCUAGUAUUACAUUUGAUCAAGAAGAAUAUUUAACUCAACAGGGAUAUGAAGACCUUAGAGGAACAGCAAAAACUUACCAAAGGUUUUACGGUGACGUUUUAACUAAAAAUUACAACAACAGCCAUUACAAGUUCCGCCACACAGAUACGCAACGCACUACAGAAAGCUUUAAUGCUUUUGUGGAGGGUCUAUUUGGUGUUAAUAACAAUGUACAACCAGAACCAAUACCUGAACAGGAUUUGCUUUUACGGCCUUACGACUAUUGCGAAUCGUGGAAAUCUCAUGACUACAGCGGAGUUAACUCUGAGAGCUACAAAUUUAAACAUUCAGCUAUUUGGAAUAAAACCAUUGGAGAAAUCUCAAAACGUUUGGGAUUUCAGUAUUCUUUGGAGUCAAGUGAUGUUGAACUAAUGUGGGACAUGUGUCGUUAUGAACAAGCUUGGCAAGUUGAUCGCAUUAGCGCUUGGUGUGCAGUGAUUACAUCUGAACAAGUUAACAUACUUGAGUACGAAGAUGAUAUGAAGUACUAUUAUAAACUCGGCUAUGGUUUUGAGGAAAACACUCGACUUAAUUGCCGUGCUGCCCAAGAUUUGUUAAUGCAUCUUAACAGCAGAACUACUCCAAAUGUAGUUGCUUAUUUUGCUCAUACUAGUGGAGUCCAAACCCUUCUUGCUGCAUUAGGGAUAGCAAAGGAUAGCACGCCUCUUUCUGCCGAGGGUUACAAUAGGACCGACUACAGAUGGAGAACUAGCAAUUUGGACCCUUUCGCAUCAAAUUUUGUUGCCGUAAAGUACGAAUGCAACGGUAAAAUCUCCGAUAAGGUUAUGUUCUUCCUUAAUCAAAACGCUGUUGAAUUCGAUUGGUGUGAUGGAAGUUUAUGUGAUUUGCCUGAAGUUUUAAAACAGUAUCAUUCACUUUACACCACUGACUGCAGCAAUUAUUACUGUGCGGACGCAGGUGCUGGUUCUAUAUUUACAUCGUUAUUUUUAUUGUUACUAUCUGUUGUUUCAUACUUAAUGUUAUAACGCAAAAAUAUAAAUUAAUUGCAGAUGUA